CAAAAAUUCAUCUUACUCUUCCUUCUCUUCACAACAACGUUGACACUGCUAAAGAGAAAAUAGAGAAGCUAAUUCUUUCCCAUCUUUUUGCUCCAAGACCAGGUACCAGUCACCCAAGGUCAAGCACCACUUGCCACUGCUUAUCAGACUAUUUCUUUCCAGUUUGCUCGAUAUCGACCUGACCUGAUGGCGGAUGCACUACUCGGUUCCGCAGUACAAGUUCUAGUGGAGAAGGCAAUAAACUUGGGUUCAGAACAAAUUGGCCAGUUUGUUGGGUUCAAGAAUGAUUUGAAGAAACUGCAGAAAACGUUGAUUGGAAUCCAGGUUGUCCUUCGUGAUGCAGAGAAAAAACAGGUGACUGAAGAUUCCGUGAAGCUUUGGCUGGAGGAGCUUGAACGUGUGGCGUUUGAUGUUGAUAAUUUGCUGGAUGACUUCAACUAUGAAAUGAUUCGACGCAAAGUUGAGAUCCGAAACCAAAUGAAGCAGAAGGUAUGCUUCUUCUUCUCAGUCUCCAAUCCCAUUGCAUUUCGUUGCAGAAUGGCCAAAAAAAUUCAGAAAAUCAAUAUGGAUUUGAUAAGUAUCAAUGAACAAGCAACGAAACUUGGCCUCCUCCGGUCACAGAAUGGAGCUAGAGAUGCACCUGCUCUUUCUCCUCCUAGCAGAGGAGCAUUUAUGAAGAAGAGAGAGACUGACUCUGUUACUGUUGAUGCAAGUUUUGUUGGAAGAGAUGGUGAUGUUUCAGCAAUAGUAACACAACUAACUGCCAUGAAUAAUAAUGAAACUAUCUCCGUUCUUCCGAUAGUAGGGAUGGGCGGGAUCGGGAAGACCACCUUAGCUCGAAAAGUUUUCAAUGAUCCAAAUACUGAAAAACAUUUUGACAAGAGAAUAUGGGUGUGUGCUUCGGAGGAUUUCAUUGCCAAUAGGUUGUUUGGAAUGAUUCUACAAUCACUGCAAGGUCGAGAGCCUGAAGCUAAGGAUAGGGAAGCCAGAGUCAAGCAGCUUAAGGAAUUAUUGGAUGGUAAAAAAUACCUACUGGUCUUGGAUGAUGUGUGGAAUAAGGAGUCCAUGCUAUGGAAUGAUUUUCUUGGGUCUCUGAAAGGUACUAGCCAAGCCAUGGGGAGUUGGAUUCUUGUGACCACUCGUGAGCAACAAGUGGUAGACAUCACCAGAAUUUCUUCUCCUCAAGGUUAUUCCUUGAAACAAUUAUCAGAUUAUCAAUGUUGGCGCAUUCUCAAAGAAAAUGCAUUUGGUGCUGGGGAAGUGCCCGAUGGGCUGCAAGAUAUAGGGUUGAAGAUUGUGCAAAGAUGCGGAGGCUUACCAUUGGCUGCAAGUGUUCUCGGUGGCAUGUUGCACAACAAGGGACCAAAUGAAUGGCAAAAAUUAGAGAGUAGGCUUCAAAUUUUAGGUGGAGGUGAAAAUAGUAACGUUAAUGAAAUUUUGAAGUUGAGCUUUGAUCAUCUUCCACAUCCUUCUCUUAAAAAGUGUUUUGCAUAUUGUUCAAUUUUUCCUAAAGAUUUUCAAAUGGAAAGGAAUCAACUAAUCCAACUUUGGGCAGCAGAAGGAUUUCUUCAUUCAAAUCCAACAGACGAUAUGCAUAUGGAGGAAGUUGGUAACAGGUAUUUUACCAUUUUGUUGGAUAGUAACUUAUUUCAAGAGGUAGAGGAGGAUGAUUAUGGGAAUGUUUUGAAUUGCAAAAUGCAUGAUCUUGUACAUGAGAUGGUGCAAUUCAUUUCCAAUUCUAAAACUUUAAGGUUGGCAGAGUCAGGUUUAAAGUUGACAGGGUCUAGCAGCAUUGAUAUGGAGACGUUUUCCAUCCGGUAUCUUGCAUUGGAGAGAAGUCAAGAAGAAAUGCUGUUUCCUUCCACUGAAAGUUUCAAGCGUAUUACGACAUUGUUUUUGCAAGGAAACAGAUCACUUAAUGAUAGGGAGAUGUCAUUUUUUAUGUUGCGAGUUUUGAACUUAAGGGCAUCAAGUGUCCGAGAGCUUCCUAAAUCAAUUGGCAAGCUAACUCAUUUGCGAUAUCUUGAUUCGUCAAAAACUUCAAUCAAAACAUUGCCAGAGUCUCUAUGUCAACUUUACAAUUUGCAGACAUUAAGAGUUAAAUAUUGUCUCUCACUGACAAAGUUUCCAAAGAAUUUCAAGAAUUUGGUGAAUUUGAGGCACUUUGACUUUUUCUCUGAGGAUAAAUCAAGUGAUAUCAUGCCUUUUGAGAUCGGACAGUUGCAAUUUCUCCAAACUUUGCCAUUUUUCAAUAUUGGUGAAGAAAGAGGUCGACAAAUUGGAGAAUUGAGGAAUUUGAAGAAUCUCAAUGGACAGCUUGAGUUACGUAAUCUUGAAUUAGUGAAAAGCAAGGAAGAAGCCCUAUCCGCAAAUCUGAUUGGGAAGCCAAACAUUGAUGAGUUAAUAUUACUAUGGAAUGAAAUAGAUAAUUCAAGAAAUAAUGAUAGUGAAUACAAUCAAGUGUUGGAAGGCUUGCAAGCUCACCAAAAUUUGAAAGGUUUGAUUAUUGAAAGAUUUUUUGGUGAUAAACUUUCAACUUGGAUUGAAAAACUUGGGAAAUUGGUGAAAUUUGAAUUGCAGGAUUGCAAAAAUUGCAAAGAGUUACCAACUCUUGGAAACAUGCCCUUCCUCAGAUCUCUGCACUUGGAAGGACUUGAUAGCCUAACAAGUAUAGGCCCUUCUUUUUAUGGCAAAUCAGGCGUGCAUAGUGGCAGUACCAGUCAAAGACCCCUAAACUUGUUUCCAGCACUUGAAGAUCUCAUUCUAGAGAAUAUGCAAAAUUUGAGGGAAUGGACGGAAGCAACUGUUCAUGAUGGAAUAGUGGUGGUGUUUCCGGUCCUUGGUGUGAUGAGGAUUAUUAAUUGCCCUCAGUUAGCCACUUUUCCAAAUUAUUUUCCACGUCUCAAGGAAUUGAACGUCGAGAAAACCCAAAAUGGAUCAGCAUUAAUGACAUAUAUUUGUAGUGGAGUCAGCACUCUCACUAGUCUUUUCAUUUGGAAUGUGAAUGGGCUCACUAAGUUACCAAAUGUGUUAUUCCAAAACAAUCCCAAGCUUGCACAUCUCCAAUUAAGAGAUUGUGCUGAUUUGACCAAAUUCUUAGAUUUUUCAUUUGAUGUUCCUCAAACUUUAGAAGGACCAAAUUACCAAUCAGUAGCUGAGCACACUUGUAUUGACAAUAAAGCUCCUCAACAUUUGGUUGGCCUUGAGUCCCUAGAGGAAUUAAUUGUUUGGAAUUGCCCCUUGCUCGAAUCAAUUUCAAUCCCCAAGGGACGUAAAUACCUCACUGCCUUGCGACGAGUGGAUGGCGUUAAAAGUAAUCUCUUGAGGCAAAUUUCCAGAAGACCCUCCAUCUCAGGGCGUGCUCACGCUAGAAAAGAUGAAUUGAUUUUUGAUCCAGAGGUAGAAAAGACUGCACACCGAACUAGAAAAGAGACUAGGCAACUCAGAGAGGAGCAGUCUAGCGUAGCUUCUCAGGAACUAGAUUCAGAAAUCGAAUCAUCAGAUUGA